CUCUGUCUAUCCUCCACGGCUCAAAGCGAAGGCAGCACGCCGCGAACAGGUAUGCACCAUGAGGGUUAUCUGAGCAGCAACUGCAGCCCGAGCCCAGUGUAUGAAGACGCAGAGGUAAAAAGAAAAAAGGAAACCAAAAACUGAGAGGAGGAGAAAGAAGAAAAAAAAAUCGGUGCAGGCAGCAGUGGUGAGUGUUACAUGUCAGGGGAGAGAAACCCGCGCGUCCGCGUGUCCUUGCACAAGGUGGACGUAAACAUGCAAUAAGUGACAACCAGGUAGUCUCACUACGCCAGAGCUCCCUCCGGACCUCCUCACUGAACUUUACCCGCUGAGCUUUGACGCGAUGGCUGCUGCUGCUGCUGCUGUUUUGGGGGAAGUUGGAGGCGUCUUACACGGCAUCGAUGGUGUGGCGCAGGUCGGGUCCCAUUUCCUCCUUACCCCGCUUGGGGACAGUCCUACUCUUCUUGGGGAGCACCUCAUUUCUGGGGACCGGCUCUCCCGGAGCACCGCGGCGGAUUUAACGCACCUGAAAGGGAUCCUCAGGAGAAGACAGUUAUACUGCAGGACUGGGUUUCACCUGGAAAUACUUCCGGAUGGCACAGUGCAAGGGACGAGGAAGGACCACAGUCGUUAUGGUAUUUUGGAAUUUAUAAGCCUUGCUGUUGGGUUGAUAAGCAUUAGAGGUGUGGACAGUGGACUCUAUCUGGGGAUGAACGACAAAGGAGAGCUGUAUGGCUCUGAGAAGCUCUCAGCCGAAUGUGUCUUCAAGGAGCAGUUUGAGGAGAACUGGUACAACACGUACUCCUCCAACCUCUACAAACACGGAGACAGAGGGACACGGUAUUUUGUGGCUUUAAACAAAGACGGGACACCAAGGGAUGGGACUAAAUCCAGGCGGCACCAGAAAUUCACACACUUCUUGCCAAGGCCUGUGGACCCAGACCGUGUGCCAGAGCUGUACAGGGAUAUCCUGGGACACAGCUGAGACCUGGCGGCCCAGACCGGUUCAGGAAUAGCUGCUGAAGCCCUUGCGGGCAGGGAGCAGAGAAGAGACGAGGGACGCAGGCAGGGACGUGGCCCGAGCAGGCUGGCGGACAGCGGCCCGAUCUGCAGGGAUAAAGGCACCGGGGCCUCUUAUAAGGAAUGCAUGGGCCUUCUCUCAGCAGCCAGGAAGACGGGUUAGAAUGUCUGCACGCACGGCAUGAGGGGGCUGUUUGUCUCAGACGACCCUAAAAAGUACCUGCGUGGAAUAGGAGAGGAAUGGGAAACAGAGCUGAGUGAUCUGGGAGCAUCUCCUCUGGUCAGAUGGGGAUAUCAGCUGAGUCCAUGGGAAU